AUGCGUAAUAAAACGGAUGAGUCGAAAAUUCUCCGCGAGAAAAUAACGCUGAAGCAGUGGACGGAAACGAUCCGCUUGGCGAGUCCGAAGAUACUCUUCGCCUAUAAAGAGAUUUGCGCCUAUUUGGAAGCACUGCCGUUGUGCAAACUGGCUGUAUCGAAGGAUGGAUUGGUUGCAACAAUGAGCUAUGAUCGAGAAUUGGAGAUCGCGCAAAUCGAAGGUGAGACUUUGGUGACGAGGUCGAUUGUGAAAGAGAAUAUCUUAACGAGUUCGGAAGGUUAUAAAGAAGAUUUCACUAUGUGGGAAUACCACAGCGAAGUCUUAAUCGCUAUGUCACCAACUUGUCGUACUUUUGGAAUAUUUACGAACAUAUUAUUAUGGCGUUUUAUUCUUCCUGAGAGAUAUCCAGAAUGGUGCCUUCUCGAUUGGUCUGAUAGUGGAUCACUUUUAAUCUCAACUCGUAGUAAUGCAAUCAUUGAUAUUUUUGAUGCAUAUGGAGGCUAUUGUUAUAGUAUUCCUAUGGCCAAUUCAGGUGAUAACUUCAAUGUUUCAACUGUUAUUAGUCAUGUUUCAACACAGGCUUAUGCGCAUGACGAUUCUAAGUGGCUUGAUUGCCUAUAUAUUUUGCAAUACGGUGGAUAUUUCUCUAGUUAUAAAAUCGGUCGUUUGGCCGGUUAUUUUCCUUUGUUCAAAGUGAAUAUCGGUCAGGACAUCGCUACUUUAUUCACCAUUGUUCCUUCGCUUAAUUUACUUAUUGUUGCAAAUCAAUAUAAAGUCAAUCCAGUUGAGGAUAGCUCAUUGGGAUGUAAUUCGAUUGGUUUAAAUGUUUAUCGCAUUGUCGAUGAAGAGCCAUUUAUUGUUGACGUGAAGACUACGCGGAAUGAAAUCUCUUUCUUUGAUUUAUUUUUUAAUUGGUUGCCUUUUGGAAAUGCACAAACGGGUGUCAUUUUAUCUAUGAGUUUAAGUCAUGACUGGUCGCUUUUGGCUUGUGUUUCAUCAACAGGCAGGUAUUUAUGUUUUUUGGGAAAUAGUGCCGAAAUUGCGGUACUUACCAAAGGCGGUUGGCUUUGGAGUGGAGAACUUAAUGUUUUUGAAAUAUCUCAUUUUGAUGAUGAUGAUGAAUUUGAAUGUUUUAGUCCUUCUACGAAAUUGAUUUCACCUCGAUCAGGCGAAAUGUUCGCUCUCGAAGCUCAUUAUCUUUCUGACUCCAGAAUCUUUAUGUCUGAAAAUAGUCGCACGUGGCUUGCUGCUAAACUUCGAUUAACCACUUUGUAUGAUUAUUUCAAGGCUUAUGUGGGUGUUGCUGUCGGUCAGCCGCUUGAAGAUGUCGAAGCGCCGAGAGAAUGUCGGGAAAUUCAUUUUGUAUUACAUGAUUUGCGUUCAAUUACUUUGAAACAGAUGCUUCAUAAAAUGUUAUUAUGCGGUGAUUUUGAUGGGGCACACAAUCUGGUUAAUCGUUGUGGCAUUGAUGAAUCUGAUUUCGUCUAUAAGGAACAGUGGAGGUAUAUUGGUCAAAAUGCAAAGGAGAGAGAUGUGGAAAAUGUGCUGGAAAAAAUAAGUGAUGACGCAUGGGUUAUUAAUGAAUGCACGAGUAAUAUCAGUCCAAAUAUAAAUUUACAUAAAACUUUGAUUUUAUUGGCAAAAGAAUUAAGCGAAAAACAUAAGAACGGGCAAUUUUUACUUGUUUUACACUGUCAUCGAAUAUUGGCAAUUCUAGAUGAAAAUAGCACUGAUUCUGCCAAUAUUUACGUUCAUCUACGUUCUCUUUCCCUUCUUGACGUAGCUAUAUAUUUAGCUCAGGUAUGUCAGUUCAAAUAUCUCAAACGAUUAAUCUGUAACAAUUGGAAUAUUCUUUAUCCUCAUUUAUUUACUAUUUUGUGGAUGAUUCCAGAAUCCGUAAAUCCGCAAAAGUAUGAAGAAUUUUUGCCACAUAAGUGUUCUUCAUGGUUUACUAGCGGUCAGUUUGAUAAUGAAUAUCGCGAUAUCAUUAUUAGUGAGCCGAGAGAGUUGUCUGAAGAAUGUUUGUUGGUUCAAAAGAAGCUGAAUUUCGAAACGGAUAUCUAUGAUAGAAAAGUUUUUCUUCAAAAAUAUCAAAUAUCGGAUGCUUUAAAACUUGCCGAUGUUCUGGAAUAUCUAAAAGAUCGUUGCUCUGCUUUGGAUGUCGAUUCAGGUCUUGUUCAUAAUGUUGAAUCCUUUGUGCAUCUUUCGAUUGAACGCGGUUUCACCGAAUUACAAAGUUUGUUGGAAGCAGUGGAAUUUUACCGUGAUUAUAUAUUUUUUUGUGGUGCUGUGACAAUGUCAUUCAAUCAUUUCAAUAAUUGUUCGAGUGAUUUUCUACUCGGGACACUUUCCAAACACAUGACGGAAAAUCAUAUAUAUGAUAAUAUGGAACGGCUACUAGGAAUGAUCGAUUAUCUGUACCAGCUUGGCCGUUGUACAGCUCUCGAUGAAGAUCUUAUCUCUUUCUUUGGUGUUUUUUCAAAGACAUCUAUGAGGGUCCUAUUGAAGGCACAAGAUCUGUGGAAAGAAAGAAUAACAAAUCAUGUAAAAAUUGAAUGUCUUCGUAUGUUUGAGAAGGUCGGAGAAAUUUUGAUCAUUGCUGCCGCACAAUUGCAAAUCGAAGAGAAAUUUAUUGAGGCCUUGGAGAUUUUUAGUGCGCACGAAUUGUUUCCCACAUUUGAUCAACUGUUUGCUUCAUUGUCCGAUUCAUCUCUGGCUGAUAAAAUGCUUUAUCGUCUGAUAAAAUCAUCAAAACCAUCAACAAAAAUUAUGUGGUUUAAUCUAAAAAAAGAUAUUCUAGCAGUUCAUUCAAAAUUAUAUUCUGAUCAAAUCACGGAAGAAGAGGUUAUCCGUAAUAUUGCUUUGCAGAUGCUGGAUAUAGAAAAUUUGUCAAUUACUCGUGAUUUUCUUGAUCUUGUUUUUAAUUUUGAUGGAACAAAAAAAGUAUCAAAAUGUUUACCACAAUCUGAAGCAGUAAACAUGAUUAUUGAGAAAAGUAAUUAUUACUGGAAUAUAGCUGAGCCGAAAAAAGGUGAUAAAAAUCUUGAGAUGGCUCGGCAAAUCCUUUCUGUUGCACCAAAGGAAUGUUCGCCAUUAUUCGACCAACAGCUGCGGAUUUUAGAUGCGUUAGAUCUUGCAAUUGAGUUGGGGUGUAAAAUAAUGCCGGUGAAAUUUCGUUUUCUCGAUCGUGAAGAUCUUUUUGGUCAGAUCGUAAAUAUUAAAUCGAAUUACAAGAAAGUGAAAGAAUGUGCUGCAUUGGCUAAAUUACUUCAUAUUCAUGCUCCGGUGGCACGUGCAUUGGAAUUGUGCGCGGCACAAGCAUUGCUUAUUCGUGAUGAGCGAAUAUUAAGAAAGUAUUGUGAACAAUUAUUGAAGAAUCCUAAAAAUGUAACCGAUAUUCAUAAGCUCUGUAUCGACGUUGCUCGUUCAGGAAUGUUAGAAGAUAUGGAAGAAAGUUUAUUCGGUUAUGCCCUACUGACCUGCAAUGAUGAUUCAUUGGCAGAAACUUUGUUGAACAUUGAAGAAAUCAAGUUAAAGCAGAUGGCGACCAGUAGCACUGAGCUUAAACCUGUUUCUUUAUACAAUGAACUUGUUCUCGACCCUAUGUAUUGCUCGAUUGAUCAUUAUUAUCCAAGAACUGCUAUCAGUUUUGAUAAUUCAGAAGAGACGCUAAUGGAAGAAACUGCGUUUUCAUUCGAUACGAAAGCGAUUUCUAAUGAUUUUUUGAUUAAUCUUACCCAGCGUUUUGCAAGGAUAAGUUCAUCUGUUGCGAUUUGUGUGUCUUUGAUCCUGCCAGACAAUUCUGACUGGACUUAUAACAAUUUUCUGAAGCAAUAUUCGAAUGCUCUUCGCUUAGCUAGAAACGAUUUGCCCAGUAAAAUGUUGGAGUUAGUUCCACCUCAGCUCCUCAUUGCGAGUUACUCGAGUAGGAAUGUUUUAAGUGCAAGCCAAAUGAGAAAUGGUGCCUGUCUGGAAAAUGUCACUGAAAAUGUUACUUUUCCAGGUUGUGAUCGAGAGCGAUUUUUCGAGGAUGCUGAAUAUAGAGCUGAUACACUCAAUGGCCUUGCAAUGUCUGUUGACGAAGAAAUUCUCUCUGAUUGUUGGAAUGUUGCUGCAAAUUUUGGAAUGAAUGUUUAUAAUAUAUGUUUGUCCACGCUGGAAUAUGUAUUGACUGAUCCAGAGUAA